CCACUGCCGCCGGCUCUUCAUCUCCCGUAUCCAAGUCUUGCCAGCGAUCGUCUCGUUCGCGCCUGCCUCUGGCCCUUUGUUUCCUACUCCAGCUCAAAAACACCCACCACAGCCGGCCAUUUUCUUGGACAAACCCGUGGACCCAGUCAUGGAUCAAUCUAGCCCCCAGGAGCCAUACUCCUUCAGCUCCUUCCAGCCCAAGACCAACCUUCCCUACCCAACCGUGCCCCCGCAGUUGACCCAAUUUCGGACUGGUAGCAGCCUCCCAUUCCAGCCGCUCUCUGAAGUGGAGUCGGACCCGAUCACUAACAAAAGCGGGUUCUGGGCGGAAGGCGAUGCCCAAGAGAGCGCAAUGUCCUCCAGGGAAAUCCUAGUUUAUGCUGGACUCAAGUUUCUUGCAUCGGCCCUUGUCUGCCCCUUCGAGGCCGUCAAUAUUCUCAGGCAAAUUCAAUAUAGCCCCUCGGACUUCCAUCAGGCCCAGCUCUCGAUGUCGGAUGAACCCGGAGCCACCCACACCAACCACCCACCGGAUCUGGAACAGGAUUUUGAAGAUUCAGAUACCGCAGCUGGCGACCAGUCGGAUCCAUACCACCUCGCUUCCACCCAGCCCCAGAAGCAUGACAAUCGGCAAUACCGGGGCCCAAAAUCGUCUGUAGACUCGGCAGGGUAUCUAAUUCAAACAUCGUUCGAUAGAAACGACCCAACCCGUCCUGCGUUCAAACUUCCGAUACUGGAAGGAUCCGCCUUUUCUUCUAUUGCCCAGAUUGUGCGCCAGGAAUCGCUCGCUUCCCUAUGGAAAGGUCAAUUUUCCCAUUGGUGCUUUGAUAUGAGCCACAUGUUCAUGCAACCCUCUGUGGAAACAAUGCUCAACGACACCUUUGAAAUCGCGGAUGCAUCCAUUCCCCUUGUUCAUCUGCAGCACCCUGGACCGAAUCUCACCACCAUUGUGGCGAGCUAUGCCCUGACUGGAUUCAUUCUCUCCCCGCUAGAUCUCGUGCGGACACGCUUGAUUGCCCAGACUGCUCACCGCCACCAUCGAAAAUAUAAGGGUACACUCCACGCGCUGUCGACUGUCCUCGAGGAAGAAGGUCUCACCACGCUCUAUUUCGGAACUCACUGCCUUCCCACCUUGAUCCACUUCACUGUCCAACCAUUCUUUAAGAACGCCACGCAGCUGAUCAUCCAGCGAUGGCUGAGGUUGUCUUCGGAUGAGUCGCCCCUCACCGUCCUUGUGGCUGAAGUUGGUCUGAUCGGGCUCGAAAUAUUCAUCUCCAUGCCGAUCGAGACAGUCAAGCGUCGACUCCAGUGCCAGGUAUCGACGCCGUUUCCCAAAGAGCCCAAAUACGAAACCAUGAUUCAGCAGAGCAAGAUACCCUACACGAGCUUUUGGGACUGCUUCUGGCGAAUUAUCAAGGAAGAAGGUGGGGUCAGAGUCAAGGGCCGUCAUGGUAAAGUGUCACGCCGCAGAGGCUGGCUGAGUACCUGGGGGCUCAAGGGUCUGUACAAAGGCUGGAAGCAGCGCCUCGCCGCCAGAAUUCUGCUAUUGCUGCUCAACACUCUCACCAAUGCUCUUGAAGAUUCGGAACCAUGAUCGAUCGCCGCGCGUCAUCAGUCGGAAUCUUCGAACCUACCUUCCGCCGCCCAUCAUCGAUUCGAGAUGCAGCACAGCUUAUUAGGACUACCUACCAUAUCUUGACCAUUGAAUACAUGUCCACUGCGACUG